AUGAAGAGUAUUUUUAAUAAUCAGAUCGUACGUAUGGUACGUGAUGAAGUUAGCGAUCUUCGAAAGAAGAAUACCGAUACAAAACCUAAUCAAGAAACUCAACCAACAUUCUAUCAUUGUCCAGCUUCAGCAACUUCGACGACUGAUUCAUAUUCCCAUACAGCGAGUUCAACAGCUGGAUAUUCACAAACGGGCACUUAUCCAUCGUUACCUACGGAACAUCAACACCAGCAUCGGGAGAGACAAUCAUUGAUUGGAAAAAUCGAAUCUACUAAAACAAAUCUGGGAAAUAUGGUUGAAGAUGCAUUUGUAAAUGUAACGAAUAAAUUCAAUGGUGCUGUGACAAUUGGACGAAAUGCACGAGAACUUCUUCGGAACGGUGCUAUUGUUCAAUUAGUAUCAAAACAUUCCGGCCAUCUUUUGCAAAUCGUCAUGUCUUCCAAUGGCACUCUGAUCUUUGAUGGUAAUGGUUUAGCAGGUUCAUUCAACACUUAUUUCACUGUUGAAGAAGGCACAACAGGUCGACUACGUUUACAUAACAAUUAUAACUACUUAGCAUUCGAAGACAAACAACCAAGUAUUAUAUCGCUCCCGCCUGGUCCGAAGAACAAUGUUAACAUUGAUUUCCGAGUACAUGAUAUUAUUGGCAGUAGUGAACUAGUCGCUUUUGAAUCAUGUGCAUACAAGAAUUGUUUCAUCUCGAUCUUAGGAGAUGGUCAUCUGAAAACGACGCAUAUUAAAGAGAAAAAUAUUGAUGCACAAUUCUCUAUUCUAUCCGUACCAGUUCAUCAACCACCGGUAUUUCCACAACAAGUACAACCGUAUCAACAAUACAAUAUGAAUCCAUACGGUGGUCAACUUCACAACAGUGCAAAUCCAUAUUUGCCACCUCAAUCUUCAAUGCCAGGAGUGCAACCAUCUGCACCACCUCCUCCAUCGUAUGACGAAGCGGUGUCAUCUAGUUUAUAUCCGCAAAUCAAAUAA